GUUGUUUUAAUUAAUUUUGUUCAUUCUAGUGAACUAUUGUCGUACUUUCCUCUUAAUUAAUGUGAGAAUAUGUGUGAAUGAUAACAUAUUUGUUGGAGUUAUGAAAAGAAAUUAUUACCCAUGGAUAACCGUGGGUACCCGAAACCCGAACGAGUAUAGGCAUGGUUUUAAUUUUCUACCCGUUUCACAUGUGGGUAUGGGUAUGGAUAAAACCCGAACUACUUUGGGUAGGGUAACGGAUAUGCACUAUCCGUCCCCGACCCGACCUAUUGCCAUCCCUAGAUAGGAUGGAGCUAUUAACCCCACUUCAAAUAUUGAUUCCGUCAUUACAAUGGUCGAUAGGUGGUCCAUAAUUAAGUGAAGAAUCUAAUGGGAACAUUAACUACCAAUCUAACCCUUUGGGCUUGGCUUAUUUUUGUGGUAUGAACCAUCUCAAACUUAUAGGAGGAGACGAUAUGGGUUACACAUUUGUUCGGACCAUCAAAGAUCGUUUCUAUAUAGAUUGGUAGAUUGUGAGAAUUGAAUUCGCGAUCGCACUGCUAGUCUCGUGCUUAUCUCUUGAGAUAUUAGUAAGUAAUUAUUUGGAUCCACCACUUUCUGGGUAGUUAUAUAUAAUUUGUAAGAUAAAUCUACUCAAUGCCCUUCACUUUUGGCCAUAUAUUAGUGUAAAUCUACUGAUCUAUCGAUCAUUGAUGUCAAGCUACCGAAUAUACAGUGAUAAUAUAUACAAAUUAAAUAGGGUUUGUUUAGUUUUCGUUUGAUUAAGACCAUGAUAAUGAAUUUAUUGAAGAUGCUCUCACACUGUAUGUAUAUAAUGAAUGUUAAUUGAUUUUUAGCGAAAUUAAGAGGUUCCUUUGUUUUUGGAAGAAAAGCUACACCAAUCAUUCUCUAUAUGUGUGUCAUAUACAAUAAUUGUUAAUUAGUAAAAUGUGCGAUGUUAUUGCAUUGUAGAAUCACUCAUACAACACGUAUAAGUUGGGAGUUCAGGUUUUUAUAUAUCUCUCCAUUUGAUUCUCUUCACAUUUGUUCUUGUUUUCACGAUUUCUACGUCGUUCAAAACUUAAUAAAAGAAUAAAUUGCUAACGAGGCUUAUGAGUAAUUCAGAAGCGAUAAAAAAAUAUUAAUGUAGCAUGUGAAUAAUCAAAUUGUACUUACAAACACGCGCCAGCUCUACCAAAAAUCGAACGUAACACUUAACCCCAAUAUUAAAAAUGAAAAAAAUAACUCAUAAAAAAAAUUCAAAAGGAGGGGAUCUUAUGAACCCUCCAAAGUCCAAUCAAGCCAAUUUACAAGAGCCACCCAAAAUACAAAACGAAAAACCACAAAAAAUGUAAUAAAAACACAAAUACUGAAAAAUGAAAUACAGAAUCAAAAAAAAAAAAAACAAAAAAAAACCUCUUCCCCCAUAUAAGCAAACAAAGCCCAUUCCUUCCUCCUUUCUUCUGCCCUCCCAAACACAGUUUUUCCCUCUUCCAAAAAUUUUUGGAAGAGAGAAAUACAGGGCCUUUCAUAAACAGAAAACAAUAAUCCAACAAAAAAAAAGAGAAAUAAACCCCUCAAAAAUUCAUUAGAAAAAAAAAACCCAACAGAGCUUUCUUCUUCCUUUCUCUCUUUCCCUUCAUUUUUUUUUUCCUUCGCCGGUAGAGAGGGUUGGAAGAAGAAGAAGAAGAAGAAAGAAGAAAUGGGUCGUCUUCAGAUUAAGCUAAUGAAGCCUGCAGUGGAGGAAGAAGGAAUCCUGAAGCCUCUUGAUCAUCGUCAUCAACAACAUAAUGAUAGAGCUAAUCUGGAGAUUAAUGAUUUCCAGAACGAUUAUUACAAUCAUUAUUACAAUGAUGAGAAUGAUGGCGGUGGUGGUUGCAAAAGUUUGUCCCUCUCUCAAGCUGUUGCUGCCUGUUGUGGUGGGGCCGGAGAUUGGGAUGCCGCCGCCGGCGGCGAUGAUGAUCGAUCGCCGGAGGAGGAUGACGAUGAGGCCAUCGACAGAGUCAUGUUUUGGGAAUCCCAGGAGGCCUUGCUUCAGGAGGUCUUGGAACGCCAUAGCUCAGCAAGUCUGAAGCUGAGGCAAGAAGUUGGGCGGAUAAUAGGGCUAGCAAAGAAGACAGACUUCUGCAACUGCAUGAACAUCACUACCAAGACGACAAAGAGCACCCAAGAAGGCUGCACCAGUUGCUUGCGGAACAAGGUAGUCGACAUGCUUCUCGAAAGAGGUUUCAAUGCCACUCUCUGCACAUCACAGUGGAAGAACACCAAGAAGUUCCCCGGAGGCAAACACGAGUACGUGGAGCUUAUGGCGAGCACGAGUGCGAGGAAGAAGAGGAUACCCUACGUGGUGGAGCUGGAGUUCAAGGCCCAGUUCGAGAUCGCGAAGCCCUGUGGGGAGUACCGACGGAUGGUGUCCCUGUUGCCGGAGUACUACAUCGGGAAAGCAGACUACCUGAACGCCAUCGUACGCAUCCUCUGUGAGGCGGCCAAGACAUCAAUGAAGGAGCAGAAGAUCCACAUGGGGCCAUGGAGGAAGAGGAGCUUCAUGCAGAUGAAAUGGUCGAGUUCUUCCCAGAAGACGAUCUCUCAGCAGCUGGAGGAUGCUCUCGCCAGCAAGAAGCUGAAUUCGACGAUUCAGCAUUCGUCUGCUGUUCCUGCUGUUGAGGUCAUAUAGAAGGAUAUAUGAUAUGAACAGAGGAAGGAAGCUUUGGGGGUUCUUUUUCAAUUUUUGGUUGGAAGAGGUAUGGGGAGAGCACAACAAAUUUUGUACGUCAGGAGACAAAAAGAUCUUUGCUUUUGAGCACAAAUAUUACACAUAAAUAAAAUAUUUUUUUUAUAUAUAGAGUCGAAACGAGUUCAAUAGAUAUGGAGUCUAAUU